CAAAAUCACCAAGGUCGACAUGUCGCUCAAGGUCCCGAAGGCGAACAACAUCCAGCUAUUCAAGGAUGGGUACAAGCAUAUUUCUGGAUUGGAGGAUGCCGUUCUCCGCAACAUCCAGGCAGUGAACGAGCUCUCCGAUCUUGUCAGGACAUCUUUCGGCCCCAAUGGCCGGAAUAAACUCCUCAUCAACCAUCUUGGCAAACUAUUCGUCACCUCGGAUGCUGCGACGAUCAUCCGCGAGAUCGAGGUUGUGCACCCAGCCGCAAAGCUGUUGGUCAUGGCAAGUCAGGCGCAGGAGCAAGAGAUGGGUGAUGCCACCAACACGGUUCUCAUCUUUGCCGGAGAGCUACUCAAAAAGGCGGAACAUCUGCUCAUAAUGGGCCUCCACCCAUCCGAAGUAAUCAAGGGUUAUGAACUCGCGAGCACUAGAGCUUUGGCCGAACUCGAGAAGCUGUCGACUUCAUCUCUUGCAUCUCCUCUUAACCUAUCCUCCCUUGCUAUUGCUGUCAAGCCAUCUAUUGCAUCCAAGCAAUAUGGUCAAGAAGACACUUUGGCCGCGUUGGUAGCGGAAGCCGCCCUUGCCGUCAUGCCUGAAAAUCCCAAGAACUUCAACGUUGACAAUGUUCGUGUCGUCAAGAUUAUGGGUGGAAGCCUAGCCGGAUCCAAGGUCGUCCAAGGUAUGGUGUUCGGAAGAGAGCCGGAAGGGCACAUCAAAAGAGUCGCCAAGGCGAAAGUAGCGGUUUACACGUGUGGAUUGGACAUCGCACAGACGGAAACCAAAGGAACCGUCCUGAUCAAGAACGCGGACGAGAUGUUGAACUUCACUCGGGGAGAGGAGAAACACAUGGAGAAGAUCUUCAAAGAAAUAGCCGACAGCGGUGUCAAAGUCAUCGUCGCCGGCUCCUCUGUUGGCGAGCUCGCGCUGCAUUACCUUGACCGUUUCAACAUCGCUGUCCUCAAGGUGCUCUCCAAGUUCGAGCUCCGCCGGCUUUGUCGCGUCGUAAACGCUACCCCACUCGCGCGCAUUGGCGCGCCUACGCCAGAGGAAGCGGGGAGCGUCGAUAUCUUUGAGUGCAUCGAGGUCGGUGGUGACCGCGUGACUGUGCUGCGUCAGCUUGGGCCGGGUGACGAGGCGGAGGGCUUCGAUCCGAGCGCUCCGGGUGAGAAGACACGAACAGCUACGAUUGUGUUGCGUGGGGCGACGACGAACCACCUCGACGAUCUCGAGCGCGCGGUUGACGACGGCGUUAAUGUGAUCAAGUCGCUGCUGAAGGACCCGCGACUCGUUCCGGGCGCGGGCGCCACGGAGUUGGAGCUCGCGAAGCGGAUUGAACAAUAUGGAGCGGGAUUACGAGGUCUGGCGCAGCACGCCGUGAAGCGGUAUGCACAGGCGUUAGAGGUCGUGCCGCGAACGCUGGCCGAGAACGCGUUGGGCGGCGCCGAGGGAAAUGAGGUUGUCAGCCGACUCUGGGCGAAGCAUGAGCAGGCAGGCGGCGAGGCGUGGGGCGUCGACGUCGAAAAGGAGACAGAUGGCACGUUGUCCGCGACGGAGUACAAAAUCCUCGACCCCCUCGCGGCCAAGUCGUGGGCGAUCAAGCUUGCGACGGAGGCGGCGACCUCCGUUCUUGCAGUCGACAGCAUCAUCAUGAGCAAACCUGCAGGUGGCCCGAAAAUCCCGCAGCAGGCGGGUAACUGGGACGAGGACUAGAUCGAGCAACAGUUCUCGUAGACGACGCCACCAAAAUGAUAUCUGUACAAUGCUUGCUAAUGGUACUGAAUCGCGGGAGCAAGGAACCUUUUCAAUGCUUGGUCUGAUAUUGAACCUGGAACGCCCAGGCUUCGGCACCGCCGGCUGGUUCAAGGUUCGUGGACGCCGGGAUCGUGAUAGUCAACAGCCCCGCAUUACUAUCCACGUUCCACUGCACUUCUUCUCCGUCACCCCCAUUACCAAGAUAGAAGAUCUUAUCCCCCGGUAGGAUGGGGGUCCUCUCUGUAACCGUGAGCGUGGAGGAGCUGGCGCUUGUAUUCAACUGGGGUUUGGUGAAGGAAACGACGC